AAACGCAAGUGAGUAUGGAUACAUUUUGCGUUUGAUUAAAUUAGUCAUCGAGCUACAAGAUUAGUUUUGCCUUUCCUGUAAACUAGUCGAGUCGAUUUUCAACCACUCGAUCUACGAUCGAGGACAAGAUUUUUUUUAUUGUAUUACAUUUUCGAGUAGAAUAGAAAGCUGCAAUGGUUUAAAGAAUGCAACUUUAAUUACGUUGAAAAUUACGUUCUCUUCAAUUCUUGAAGAAUUGAGAUAAAGAUAAUUAUAGUAAGUUGUUUCAAGACAACAAGUUCUGUUUUACGCUAUUCCGAGACUCGCGUCAGAGAGUUGCAUUCAGAGGAGCACGAGCAUUUCGAGAACUAUUUCGAACACUUUUUGAUAAAUAAACUUUAUUACAAAUGUAGUCGGCUUGGAGCAUUAGGUAACCGAGUAAAUUUUAAACGGACAGGCGUGGGAUAGGUUGCAAACGACUGAAAAUUGAACCGGUCGAAUAUACCGCCGAGCGUUUGUUUUAUCCCUUAUUCGAAUAAAAUUCGGGCUAGGGCAGACAGUAGCGCAGUGCGUAGCGUAUUCGACUACCACGCUGAAAAACCGGGUUCGAAUCCCGGGGAGUCUAUCCCGAUUUUUCAUGCGGGAGAAAGGAGCCGAGGAUCGCGAGAAACUACCGCCGCAGACCGGUUGCCCCGAAAGUGUCGAGGAGAGAGAGAGAGAGAGAGAGAGAGAGAGAGAGAGAGAGAGAGAUUUCUCGGUUUCGCAAAGAGGACAAGGAUAGAGGAGUGUUCCGAGUGAAAGAGGGUGCAAGAGCGUGGUCCAGAAGUCGUCCUUAUCGCGUUUCGGGGAAACGAAAGAGGACUCCGAGGUUGCGUUGGCGACGACAGUGUGACUUAGAGGUCGCUGAGGGAGAGAGAUGCAGUGGCGUCGACAUCGAAGGGUCACCCACGUGAUCGGCUCCUCCAAUCACGUUCUACUAUUAGCGAGGUACCAAGACGCUCCGCCCAGCGAGGAGGACGAGGAAGAGGGAUUGCGAAACGGAUACAUGAAAGGCCAAGAAAAUGACACUAGCUCCCGUAGCUUCGAUCGCCAUGGACAGAGCGGUUACAAGUCGUGGAGGUCAUCUAGCGGCGGCGGCAGCAGUUAUGCGAGCGGUGGGACCAGGUCCCACAAGGACGACUCGUCCGGCUCGCCGUCCCAGCCCAAGAUCAUCUUCAACGAGGAGGAGUACACGAGGAUCACGACGCCUCGACAGGACAUGCUGUUCAAGAAGGGCUACCUAUCGCGCAAGAAACCGUGGACGAGCAACGCCAGCACCAGCGCGACCCCGUCCACCACCGAGAGCCAAUCCGCUUCGCACUCCACCGCAGGUAGAGAUGGCAGCGAAACUACGGAGGAUCAGCAGCUGUUGGACAGGGACUGCAGCGCCGGCGAAUACCCACCGAUGAUGAAAUCUGGAGCGCACUUGGGCUACGGAACAUUUUACGACCACGCCAGUGGCUACUAUUACGAGUACCCUGUGAUGUUGGUAGGCCCUGCGCCAGUGCCUGCGCAGGUUGGACCGAGCAUCCUAGCGGCCGUACCUUGCGAUCCUGUACCUUUGAGGCCAAUCGAAUGGAUCAACCCUGCCUUUGUACCUAAACUAGCCGAGCAACAGUACUGCAUGAUGGACUACCAGACUGGCCAAAGCACGGAAGACUCGACUCUGGUGACGGAGCAGGAGACCACGCUGUUGCCAGUGGAAAACUCCAGCGGGACGUGCAACGAAAGCUGCACAGGGAGCGCCAGCUGUAACGGAAGCGUGGCAGGCGAAGCGGAGGAGCAACCGACGGAAGCUGAAUCUGCGACGGAGAAUCAGAUCGAGGAGCACCAGGCGGAGGAACGAACCGAGGAGCACAUGGAGGAGCACGUGGAGGAGCAGUACGUGGACGAGCAGGCCGUGGAAGAGCAACCGUUGGAGAACGGGCUGAACGGAGGAGCGUACCUGGAGCCGGUGUUGCUGCAACAACCGAUGCACGUCUCGCACGUGAUACCGGUGCCGCAACCGUACAUGUACCCCGGUCACUACAUGUUCGGUCCUCCAUUGGUCAACCUGAACGGUGUUACCAUACAGGGUGGACCCAUGAUCAGAACUACAGACGUGGCGGCUAUGUCGGCGGCCUGUGCCAAGCGAAGAAAGAAAAAAAAGAGAAGAAAGCCGAGGAGACUUGCUGUGGGUAACACGGAGGACGAGGAGGAGGGAGAGUACAGCUCCGAAUGUGAUACCGGUUUACCGUCUUCCCGACUGUCGUGGACAGAGUGUUCGACUUCGACGACGACGACGAUCACCAAUCGGCCACUGAACCCUGAAUGCCAGGAGUUCCAGCUGCGCCCGAUCGAGCUCGAUGCCUCGCUGUCCGCUAUUCCAACUUCCGCCAACUCGUCGACCUUUGAGGAGGGCUCGACCGCGAACCAAUCGAGCACGUUGUCGUCGGACGCGACGUCCGUCGACAAGAACUAUAAAGCAUGCAACGGCGUCGUCUCCGACGACCAGAAGCAGGAGGACGAGCAACUGAUGGAUAGCAAUUUCGGCCAAGUAGCGGGAUCGGAAAAGAGUCAACAAACGUCGGAGGACGGCGAUCUUGAGACGGAAACGAACGGCCCGACGCUUUGUCUAACAGGGAAAGACGAUACCUGUCCGACGAACGAGCUAGCCAGCGUCGAAUCUCCGAGCGGCGAAAUGAAUGAUAAAGCGAGUGCCAACGAGCCAUGUGAACGAUCGACGGAAGAACCGAUGAACGGGGUCGAGGAGACCCUGGUGAACGGAAAACUGAUGAACUCCAGUAACGAGGAGACCCAGGAGGAACCAUUGUCUCCGUGCAACGAUGAGAGAACGCCCAAGACUGCGGAGAACACGGAGAACCACGAAUCCUUAACGAAUGCUAAAUUGCCGAAGAGGAAGUACAACGCGAAGGGCACGAAAUUCGUUAGGGAACCGACGCCUGGGCCCGAUCUGGACGGCUUCGCGGAUCUGGAGAACGUUCUGGUGAACGAGAAAAUUCUAGCAAAAGAUAAAGUCACGAACGAUCUGAGUCUGAACGGUGUUAGUCUGUCGAACGAUUCGUCCCCGAAGACGGAGUCGACGGUGAAUUUUUGCGAGAAGACCGAGAUGUCGAACAAUGUUUGCAAUCACCUCAACAAGGGCGACCCGGUGGAGAUAUCGAACGAGGACUCGGGUUUCGAGAGUCAGACGCGGCUGUCGGACUAUCCCAUUACGGAAGCGGUGACGGAGUGGCUACGUAGAGCGAACUCGCCCGACGUGUUCAUCACGAACGCGUCCGGUAGCGAGAGUGAGGACGAGGUGGACGAAGAGCCGCCAAAAAACUUGCAAGGCAACCCCAUGCCUGCACUAUCUGCUAAUAGCGGCGCGGACAAUGUGGCAUUGUCUGGCUGCGGGGAAUUCGCAAGGAUCAACAACGCCAGGGGCCAGGAGAAGAAGGGGAACGGCGGUUCGAGGAAAAAGAGGGAUGGAAAACGACGGUCAGGUGAACAAAGACGGGUUAGACAUGUCGAGGGCAAGCCGGAGAACGAAGCCGUGUCCUCGUCGGACUCCUGCGGCCAGCAGGAAGUUCCCUCGAGGAGGAAGAACCCUGCCAGACAGCAGGACGUUGGUGAUGUUUGCGAAUUUGCCGAGAAGGAUAGCGUUGCGGGUAUGAGGGUUGCUUUAAGCUCUCGGAUGAUGGACUCGAAGAGAGUCAAUGCAAGGCGAACGAAAAGACAGGGCAGAUCCGUUAAGGAUCCCACCGACAUCGACGCGAAGAUACGAUGCAUAGAGGACGUGGACGACGAGGGUAUCGAUGAGGAUAUCGAAGAAAACGGAAAGACGUUCGAGGAAGAGAAGUUGUUGACGACUUCCAGGGAUGAUCCUUCCGCGAUCAGCAAAAAUGCCAAGGAAACUACCAAAGAGAGCAAUGGAAACGACGUAGAAGAGACCAACAGCAGAACGCCAAAGAACGAAACCGUGUCCUCGUCGGAGGUUUCCUCGAGAAGGGAGAAUCCUGCCUGUCAGGAUGUCGGCGAGGUUUGCGAGUCCACCGAAAAGGACACCAUCGCUUCGAGCUCUCGAACGAUGGACUCGAAGAGAGCCAAUCCAAGGCGAACGAAAAGACAAAGCAGAUCCGCUAAGGAUAUCUCUAACAUCGACGCGAAGACGCGACAUUUGGAGAAUGUAGACGACGAAAACGACGAGGGCAUUGUCGAAGACACGAACGUGAAGACCUACGAGAAAGGGGAGAUCGUUGUGUCGAGAGAGGGGAAGUUGUUGACGACUUCCAGGAACGAUGCUUCCACUGACAAAACGGUCACCAAGGAUAGAGAGAUCGCCAAGGAGAGCACGAGGAGCAGCGAGGAUGAGAACGACAGGACGAAUUCCUUGUGCGGUAUAGAGGAGCCUGAUGUGUUGGAGUGCUGGGAAGCUGAAACGAUCGAACCUGUGAUAACCCCGAAGAGGAUGCUCCAAUGUCGGGGUGUGUUGUGCGAGGGCGAAGCUGUCGAAGAGGACACCAUCGAGACCAAAGAAGCCAGCGUGGAAAAUUGCGUGGAAAAUUACGUGGAGAAUUACGUACAGAAAUACUAUAGAUUGGCGCGCAACAGUGUUACCAGCGUGGAGGAAGAGACGAGCUGCAAGGUAAACGUAGAUCCGUCUGCAUUGAAGCCAGUGCCAAAUAGUUCCGAGCAAACGAAGAAUACGGAGAGGAUCCUCCAGGGGGAGAAGAGCAACAACGUACCCAUCGACGAAGCUUUCGAGGAUACGCUCCUUUGUGCUGAUCCCUGCGUACCGAAACUGAAGAAACAGACGAAAAAUCGAGAUCAUUGCUCAUCGCAUUCAUCCAAAGAUCAUAGUGUGUUAGACAGCCGUUAUCGUUUAAACAACCUGUAUUGUUUCUAGAGACACUGUAUUUGUAUCGUCCACUGCACUUGGUGUUAAGACCGUCCUUAUCUGAACAACGUAUGCCUCCGACGUUGCACUCUUUGCUGGCACAUCGUGUAUCGAUAGCAUACCAAGCGCUCAUUGCUGCAUUCUUAACCCUUUGCGUCGGCAAAUGGCCGGCGAAAGACGCUCGCCUCGUCGAGCGGCUCCGGUCCGCAAAGGGUUAAUCUUGUCGAGGAAUAUCGAAAGUCAACCCCUAUGGAUCGACGUAAGUUGAGAAACCUUACCAAUUUAGAGGCAUAUGCUCAAGGGCAGCUGACAAUGUAGCGGAAGCGUACGUAUUGCUAUUCAUUUUUGUAAAUAGCUUUUAAGAGAUCAUUUGCAAAUCGUGUGUCACGAAAAACCUUCGGUAAAUUAUUAUAUGCCAACGAAGCAUAUACGAGAUAUAUUUUGACGUUAUCGUCAAUCAAACUUGGUGCACAUAUUCUUGUUUUCUUUCUUGUCAAAAGUUUCAAUUGUAAGUCUCAUUAUAAAAAGAUUCUCAUUAUUAAGUAUAUAAUUUUUGAAUGAAUCGAGCUUAUUCAGAUUCGCGAAAUCCGUUCUCUGAAUUAUAAAUAACGAUGAUAAUUGUGAAGUCUGAAAAACUCUAUGGAAGAAAAUAAACAGAAAAUGAUCGAAGCAUACUUGUGUCACGUUAUUGUUUUCGUUGUUCUCGCCGUUGAUAUUUUAUAAGCAUUACACGAAUUAUCCUACAUCAAAGUGACUAAGGGAUAUUUUUUACAAAACUUAUCUAGAACGUAAAUUUUAAAGCAUGAGAAACAGUAGCGUUUUUCCACGUACCACGUUCAAUGACAUUUUCGCUUAGGGAAGCGUUGACUGCUCGUAGGCAGACCUGGGUGCUUUCGAAGUAACGUUAUUCGAAAUACUAUUUCAAAUAACGUGUCACCUUGUUUCACGGUUAUUUCAUUCUCGAAAUACAAGUAUGUUCUCUUAUUUCGCGAUAUGAAAUAACGAAAUACUCUUUUGGGAAUAACCGAUGUGUUCCAAAAGUAUAACGCUGCGAAAUUUAUGUAAUGGAAUUACAAACAACAACGUGAUAAUUCGAAAAGAGAAAAGACAUUGGUAUAGUAAAUAUACUUCUUCGUCGACGUAGAUGUCUGUAGUUUUAAACACGCUACAAAAAUCAGUGUUUUCCAGUUUUUAUCGUAGAGAUAUGUAGAUAAUUUAAACGUCUCCUUCUAUUGACACAUUUAGUAGAAGUAUGUUUUCCUUGUAUCGUUCAAAGUUUAUUUGAAAUAUCCGUUAUUUCAAAUAAUGAAAUAAUCUCGUAACGAAGUUUAACUUUGUUCGCAAACAGGACAUGUAUGCGUGGAAGCAUAUACAAUAUUUUUUGAUGGUAUUGUUAUAAGUUCAUUAUUUGAAGUACCUAUUAUUUCAAAUAAAUCGAUGUCUCGUAUAUUUCUGAACCGUGUUAACGGUUAGUAACCGACUGAAACGUUAUCUCAAAUAGCUAUUUCUACCAUUUCGAACAAAGUUUGCCCAGGUCUGCUCGUAGACAAGUUUUAAGCAUAAGAAUUGUAAUCUGUAACGUGCACUCUUCAUUUGAAAUUUUCGGAACGAAACGAGCGAAACACGCAGAAAUUCACAAACGAUUCAACAAUUGAACUUUGAACCGAAUAAUAAUGUGCGACAUUAGUACACAGGGCACAACUAUACAUUGGUCUAGGUGCAGAAUAGUCGUUGAAGAUACAAAACGAAUUGGUGAUGUACAGAGAUGGGCAGAAUACUUAGGCAGAUAAAAGUUCGAUUAACGAAUAAAAGACAAACAAAGUUUCAUCGUUCAUUUAACGGACAAUAAUUACAAUCGGAAUCUAAACGGCUGUCUAAUCGAAGGAAUGUUACACGUAGAUUUCUACAGACUGUUGGUAUCCAUCAUCUGUUACUCGAAUGAAAUUUUGCCUGUCUCUGGUAACGCAGCAAACUAUUUAACUGUACUGUAGACUGUUAUGAACUAACGUAAGAUAUAUAUAUAUAUAUAUAUAUAUAUAUAUAUAUAAGCGAAAAUAUAUAUAUAUAUAUAGGCGAAUCUUACAAAACGAUUGAAUUACAUUACUGAUAUCUCUUUUUUUUUCUUUUUUUUUGUUUCUUUGUUGAGCGUGUAAAAGACGAGCAUGUUGUUUUGUAAUAGACGUUGUGUCUGAUGUAGGUGGAGCAUAUUUCACGCUAUACACGUAAAAAUGUACACUUAACGGAAGUUGCACUUGUUACAACAUAGUUCACGCUUUAGUUGAGUUGCGUCAAGUAGAUCGAAUACCUCAGGUUGCAUAUUAUAUAAGUUGAUCGAUAGACGUGGUUCGUGAAAAUCAUAUAUACAUACACCCCAUAUCAUAAGGUGCGAAACAUACCUCAAAGAUACCUGUAUAUACUAAACUACUGAUCAUCCAAGCAUUAGUGACAUCAAUUAAUAAUAAUAAUAAUAAUAUUAAUAAUAAUGAUAAUGUUAAUUAUAAUGAUAAUGAUAAAACUAUUAUCACGACAGCGAUAUAGGCACAAUCGUUCCUGCGAAGCUUCAGAUUCCCUAGGCAUCGUACGCGUAACAUAAUAUUCAGGACGAUCCAUAUACUUAUAGAGAUUCAUUGACAUCCAACUACGUUAAUUCCUUCGUGACCACGGUAUCGUUUUCUACGUAUACACAGUUCCAGGCAAUUUCUAUCGUCGUUACGUUGUAUCAGUUGUCUGCUUUCCUUUUAAGAAUUAUCCUUUAAGGUUGGUACACUUAUAAUCGUGUCCAUCGCAAUUUUUCAGAAAUAAAGAAAACGACGAACUCCUCGUUCAUUUGUCAUCGAAUAGAAGUUAGAGUUUGAAUUAUAGAUGGAAAUAUUUUAUAUAUAUGAAGAAAUAAAAGAUGUUAAUCGUUUGAUCGAAAACUAAAAAAAUAAAUCGCGCAGAUAUGAUCGCUGAAAUAACUGAUUCUCGAAUGAAAAAUCUGUUUCAAACAGUUUCAAACGAUAUUUUUUAACGAAUUUUUGUGCUUCGAUUCUGUUCUAUUUCGCGACAAAAUAGACUGAUGUGCGUUAAACGAAAAGAAUGAUGUUCACUGUAUUUAGGUGGAGGCACGAAGGGGUUAAAGAUAAAUAUAUCGCUAUAUUACAUGCGCGUUGCAUCAAUUGUGUGCCUUAUUCUGCGGCUGCCAUUUUUGUAACCAUUUCAGAGCAUACUCCUCGAUAAGACAAUAAGGGCUGUCGAGUGAUUUGUGAACAGUUGAAAAUUUGUUAAAUUAAGAAAGCGAUGGCGAUAAAAGGCGGAGCUUGUUGCGCUCCGUGGAAAUGACGAUUUUAUCUGAGCAUGCAUACCGAAACGAGUACAUUGAUUUUUUCAUACGUCAACUAACAUGUUCAUUGCGUAUUUACAACAAACAUGCAUACAUUCAUAAGCAUAUAGGCAUUAACAUUGCAUCUUGCACGAGUCAUGUUAUCGUAUAAUUACAUUUUAGUUGAAGUAAAAGUAAACGUGUAAGGAAUAAGUGUACUUGAAUUUUCUUGUGUUUUUGCUUAAGAAAUAUGAAUAAAAUGUUUCAAUUAAUUUGUA